AUGGGUGGAGGCAAAAGCCAAAAGGGAGGUAAGCAUGGAAGUAUCGGAAGAACGCUAGCUCAUGAUAUUCUACUGAGACAGUUCCAGCAAAAUGAAGAGCUACGCAAAAACAUUCUCAAAAAGAAGGAACAUUCGGUAUACGAGCGAAGUAAUCUAGAUGAAUUCACGCUAGCUGCCUCCCAAGGCUUAGAAUCUUAUAUAUCGCAACAUGGGAAUACAAGAGAGGUGUUGUCUUCCGAUUUGAAUACUCAACUCUCUGAUAUGAUCAACUUUCCACAUUUGUAUGACUGUUCCUUAUUCCCUACGAUUCCUAUUCCAAGAAGGUGCUUCUUUUUCUCUGAAGAGCAAAAAAUUUUAAUAUCUAAGUUAUCCAAACAAAGACAUAGAGAAGAAAUUAAUUCCAGAAAAAAGGCGUACAGACGCAAGAAUAAGAAACUUGUAGACAUGUAUAUGCAUGGAGAUCGCCCAAAACCAAUGCAUGGUAUAUACUCUGAUAAAAACACAAAUGUCAUCCUGCCUAAUGGUCACAAUUCUGGAUCAAAUGUGAAAAGUAAAGCCUCAAAGGAUUCAGAAUCAUUCUAUGACAGCGAAUAUUCCCUAGAUGAUGACGAAGAAGAAGAAGAAGAACAAGUACUAGAUGAGGACGAAGAUGAAAAGAGUGAAGAGGAUUACGAAGAUGUUGAGGAAACAGAAGAAGAGGAAGAUGACGAUGAAGAAGGUGUGGAUAGUCUUGGUGACAGUAAAUCACAUAAAGAUGUUUAUGUAAAACAAUACCAAAAAUAUCUAAAAGAAGAAUCUGAAAAUAUGGAUUUACAUAAAAUAGAUGUAGAGGAACUGGAAAAAUUGGAAACCCGAAAUUUUUAUACCUGGCGCAAACUUCUAUUGGAUAUUGAGCAAAAGGAAAAAUGUGUCAUAACACCGUAUGAAAAAAAUAUAGAAUUUUGGCGUCAAUUAUGGAGAGUUAUAGAGAGGAGUCAUCUAAUAUUUGUCAUUAUAGAAUCACGCGAUCCUCUAUUCUUCAGAGUUCCUGACCUUGAAAAUUAUGUAAAAGAGGUUGAUCCACGAAAGAAAGUUCUCCUUAUUCUCAAUAAAGCUGAUUUUCUCUCACCUGAAAUCAGAAGGGAAUGGGCGGAUUAUUUUAGGAAAGCUGAUAUCGAUUUUGUCUUCUUUUCUUCUAUACUAGAUGCUGAAAUGAGCAAUGAGAGCACUUCAAACGGCUCUUUAGAUAAGGAAAAUGUGGAUGUUGACAAGGUUUUAACCGCGAGUAAACCCGAAGAAGACCUUGAUAUUCAAAUUUAUACUGUUGAUAUGUUGCUUAAUAGAGUAUUAGAAUACAAGAAAAUUCAAACUAAGGACUACCCAGAACUAGAUAAUGAUGAAAUUCCAAUUUAUACAGUCGGAUGUGUUGGAUUUCCAAAUGUUGGGAAAAGUUCACUGAUAAAUUGUCUGAUGAACGCUACAAAAACAAAUGUGAGUAGCCAGCCCGGAAAAACAAAACACAUGCAAACCUUAAUAUUAAGACACUUGAACAUUACGUUAUGUGAUUGCCCUGGCCUCAUAUUUCCCACAAUGGUUUCUACAAAAUAUCAUUUAUUAAUAAACAACAUAGCUUCAACUUCCCAUUUUAGAGGAAACAUGACAUUAGCGGUACAGUUGGUUUGUAAUCGAAUUCCCGACCAGCUAUGCAAAAGAUAUGAUGUACCAUUAGCUGAUUGUAUAAUAGAGGCUAACGAUCGCAAGAUAUUAUUUAGCUACAAAUUCCUCGAAUAUUUGUGUAAAAAUAGAAAUUUUAUAUCCGGCGGAAAAGGUGGCCAACUGGACUAUGGUCGCGCCGCCAAAUUAGUUCUUAACGAUUACACAUCUGGAAAUCUUUUAUUUUGUUCUCUACCACCUGGUUCAGAAAACUCAGCAGGAGAUUCAAUCAUACAAUCAAUGGAAAACUUAUCAAUUGGAAACAUGAACUCGGAUAACAGAUUAGAGAUUUAUCAAACAACUACACAUGGUCUGUCAAGUGAAGUUAGGGUUAACAUUGAUACAAAAACUGUUAAAGAUAUCAGGGAUGAUGAAAGUAAGAUGCAGCAAUGGCUUAUAGAAUUUAAUAAAGAGGACCAGAAGAUAAACGAAAAACCGAUGACAAAACGUAAAAUGCGUUUCCUCAUCAAGGGGAAGAGAAGAGUAAACACAACAAAAAGCUGAUAACUAUUUCCUGUGAGUGAAGCGGGAUAUAUAAUAAGUGAAUCCAU